GUAGUCGGACAGGUUUGCAAUUUGUCAAGAAGAUCUGGACUGCGUCCCUGUUUUCCCUGAUAAGCUCAAUCUGCCAAUCGGAUCCGCAGCUCUGUUAAGCUCAUCUAACUGUUUGAUUCAUUUCCAAUGGUGAAACCCCUUCGGAGUAGACUGUUUCCAGCAAAAUGUUCAAAGUAUUUGUGUAAUUGGGAAUGUCUCCUUUUCCAUCGCCUUCCGAAAAUGUAGCUGUUACAGCCAUCAUUGUCAUGAUGUGCGUACUUGGAAUAAUUUCAAAUUCUCUUGCUAUCAUCUCUGUACAAUGUAAGACAGUACGACAGAACCCUUUCUGCAUACUGUGUUCCUCCCAUGCCUCUGCCGGCUUGGGAGUCCUGCUUGUUUAUCUAUCCUGGGUCGCGCCUUCGACGCUGUGGCAAAAUGAAACAAGCUACCGAAUUAUCGGUAAAAUUGUGGGACAUUUGAGCACGGUUUUUUGGUACGCAACUGUCUACUCACACAUGGCUAUUUCAAUCAAUCGUUUAAUAGCAAUUACAUGGCCGUUAAAAGCAGGCGACAUUUUGACAAAUCAGAAGUCACUCUGUAUGGUGCUUUUUAUUUGGUGCAUUAGUUUCUGUCACACCAUUUCAAAUUUCUGGAGUUCCUGCUAUGUAUAUUACUCGGCCAGCAGUUGGGAGUGGAAAUUUGCCAGUUCUAAUUGUGGAAUAGCUAUCUCUUACAUCGCUAGGUUCAACGUGUUGAUUGUAACUAUCACAUUCCUUUUCGAUGCUGUUGUUAUUAUAAAAUUCAAAAAAAUGAAUAAGAUAAUGAGCUCCCAGAGUAUAGGUGUGCUUCCGCUCAAUAGUAUUCAAAGGAGGCAGCGCAUGGAAAUUAGAUUGUAUAAACAGGCAUGCAUUAGGCUCAUCUCAGCAAAGCUGCAGACUUAUUUCAAGUUUAUCAUAUUGAUGUUCCAUUUUCAUCGUUCUACACUGUGGACGAUGUAUGGAAAGUUUGUGACCAUUCUCUGUAGCUGUGCAUAA